GUCGAAUUUAUCCAUGAGUGUGUGGAGAUGCACAAUUUGCUUCGGACACGGCUUACCCCGCCAGCAGCCAAUGUCCAGUUCAUAACUUGGGAUGAGGGUUUGGCAAAGACUGCCAGAGCCUGGGCAAAGAAAUGUGUUCCUGAAGGUAAUAUUCAUUUAGAAGAAAUGAGAAAAUCUCAUCCUGUUUUUAGUGGCCUUGGUGAAAAUAUAUGGACUGGGCCUGAUAAUGAAUAUUCCGCAACUAUUGCUAUCAAAGCUUGGUUCAGCGAAGCCAAGUUCUACAAUUAUGAAAAUAAUUCAUGUUCAGGCAUCUGUUCUCAUUAUAUUCAGGUUGUUUGGGAUAAUACCUACAAAAUUGGCUGCGCUGUUACUGAAUGUCCUAGUGUUGGAACUGUUCUAAAUGCGGCACAUUUCAUAUGCAACUACAUACUAAGUGGGAAUCCUAUGAGAAGGCCCUAUAAAGCAGGAAGAUUUUGUACCCAAUGUGACGAGGGAGAUGAAUGCCGGGAUAUGCUAUGCAGUAACAAUAAGCGUGAGAGAAUUGCACGUUAUCCUUUCUGGUAUCCACAGUGGGAAGUACCUCGACCAAUUGUGUGUGAUCCCCGAUGCAUAUUUUGUUUAGUAUUUAGACUCUUUUUAUUUGUAGUGGCUGUUGCAGUAGUUUUCCUACUACAGCAUAAAUUUCCAAAUAUACGGUUAGAAAAAGAUCUAUUGUUGGCUGAAAUGUUAGCACAGAAACAAUCAGAGAAAGAAUCAGAGAGCAGUAGCAUCAAAUCAGAUGAGCCCCCAAAACCUAGACAAAGUAGCCAAAGCCUAAAGGAUUGGGGAAAGGCCAUAGAAUCAAUGAGCCUGAAUAAAAGUGAGAAGAAAAUCUAUAAUAAGCCAUUAGUAGCUAUUCUUUUUAUCCCUUUUGUUUAG